AUGCCGCUGGGACCCGUUGUGCGAGAGACGAUCGUCGGGGGUCGCGGCGGGUGGCGUCGGCGCCCGUCCGCUGGAUGCAUGCCACGCGAACGUUCUGUCCGAGGCUGCCAACGUCGGCUCGCGCUUCUCCGGCUAGUGCUAGCUAGCCUCCCGGGCUCCGACGCCGACUGGGCUCAUCCAGCCACAGAUCCCGGCGCCGCGAAACUGAUUGGCGGGGGGCCACGAAGCGCAGGCUGCGCGCGUGAGGGACGGCCCUGCUGCGAGAUUCGCCAGCCGGAUCUUGCGAGACUACGCGCGAAGGCGAAGGCGAAGGCGGGGGAUGGAAUGUGUACUUACUGGCCCAUGGCGUUCUCGAGGCGCCGCGUCGGACUGGGGCCAGGGGAUCUCCUGCUUCCCCCGACUCGCAGCAUGACAUAG